UCAAAAGGCGAAGGCUAGUUGUCUGUGCUUACAUCAAAAUAUAGAAUCCAGGGAUUCUGGACAACUGGGCUGGCGCGCACUUGACGCGCCAUUUCAGGACUGCCCAGCAGAGGGCGCCCCUCGCCCGCGGGCCUCAGCCAGUGGCGGCGGCGGCGGCGGAGGCUGUGCGUCCUCGGCCCGGGGGCGGGGUCAGCGCGCUCACGUGACCCUCGCUCAUGGCGGCGGCGGCAGCUGUGGCGCUGGCGGCGCUCGGCGGCCGGAGCCGGAUUCUGUAGCCUGGGUGUGGGCCCGCGUCAGUCUGUGCCUCCUUCGGCCCCCUCUCUCGUCUUCCGGAGUGUGGCUGGCGGAGCGGGGAUGGCGGAGCGAGGCCUGGAGCCCGCGCCGACCGCGGUGGCUGCGCUGCCGCCCGAAGUGCGGGCGCAGCUGGCGGAGCUGGAGCUGGAGCUGUCGGAGGGGGACAUCACACAAAAGGGAUAUGAAAAGAAAAGGUCAAAGCUUCUGUCUCCAUACAUCCCGCAGACUCAAGAAGCUGAUUCAGCACUACAGAAAGAACAUCGGAACCAGACACCUGCUCCAACUUCUGCUCAGACUUCAGCUCCCUCUAAGUACCAUCGAACUCGAUCUGGGGGAGCCAGGGAUGAACGCUAUCGAUCGGAUAUCCACACAGAAGCUGUUCAGGCUGCACUGGCGAAGCACAAAGAGCAGAAGAUGGCUUUGCCCAUGCCAACCAAGAGGCGGUCCACUUUUGUCCAGUCUCCCGCAGAUGCCUGCACACCUCCUGACACGUCAUCGGCCUCUGAGGAUGAGGGUUCUCUGAGACGCCAAGCCGCGCUCUCUGCUGCCUUGCAACAGAGCUUACAGAAUGCUGAGUCCUGGAUCAACCGCUCAAUUCAGGGAUCGUCCACUUCUUCAUCUGCAUCUUCUACGCUGUCCCAUGGAGAGGUCAAAGGAACCAGUGGGUCUCUAGCUGAUGUAUUUGCCAAUGCUCGAAUAGAGAAUUUCUCUGCUCCCCCUGAUGUCACCACAACUACCUCUUCCUCCUCCUCAUCCUCAAUACGCCCUGCAAAUAUUGACCUGCCCCCCUCGGGGAUAGUUAAAGGCAUGCACAAAGGCUCCAACAGGUCCAGCCUUAUGGAUACAGCUGAUGGUGUUCCAGUCAAUAGUAGAGUAUCCACAAAAAUCCAGCAGCUUCUCAACACUCUGAAACGACCCAAGAGGCCUCCCUUAAAAGAAUUUUUUGUGGAUGACUCUGAAGAAAUUGUGGAAGGUAUACCUCAGCCAGAUCCCAACCAGCCCAAACCCGAGGGCCGACAGAUGACCCCUGUGAAGGGAGAGCCCCUCGGAGUCAUCUGUAACUGGCCUCCUGCUCUGGAGUCUGCCCUGCAGCGCUGGGGCACCACUCAGGCCAAAUGCCCUUGUCUAACUGCACUGGAUGUGACAGGGAAACCGGUUUACACGCUGACAUAUGGGAAGUUGUGGAGCAGAAGUUUAAAGUUGGCCUACACACUGCUUAAUAAACUGGGGACCAAAAACGAGCCUGUGCUGAAGCCUGGAGACAGGGUAGCCCUGGUUUACCCCAACAAUGAUCCCGUCAUGUUUAUGGUGGCUUUUUAUGGAUGUCUUCUGGCAGAAGUGAUUCCAGUGCCUAUAGAGGUACCUCUUAGCAGAAAGGAUGCUGGAGGGCAGCAGAUUGGCUUCUUGCUAGGAAGUUGUGGGAUUGCCUUAGCUCUUACCAGUGAAGUUUGUCUAAAAGGACUGCCAAAAACCCAGAAUGGAGAAAUUGUACAAUUUAAAGGUUGGCCCCGGCUCAAAUGGGUUGUAACAGAUUCCAAAUACCUUUCAAAGCCACCGAAAGACUGGCAGCCUCACAUCUCACCUGCUGGUACGGAACCAGCAUACAUCGAGUAUAAAACAAGCAAAGAAGGGAGUGUAAUGGGAGUCACAGUGUCCCGACUUGCAAUGUUGUCUCACUGCCAAGCUCUGUCCCAGGCCUGCAAUUACUCUGAAGGGGAAACAGUGGUGAACGUUCUAGACUUUAAGAAGGACGCAGGCCUGUGGCACGGCAUGUUUUCGAAUGUAAUGAAUAAGAUGCAUACAAUUAGCGUGCCUUAUUCUGUCAUGAAGACUUGUCCUCUCUCUUGGGUCCAAAGAGUACAUGCUCACAAAGCCAAGGUAGCUUUAGUGAAGUGCCGAGACUUGCACUGGGCCAUGAUGGCACAUCGGGACCAAAGAGACGUGAGCUUGAGUUCCCUGCGGAUGCUGAUUGUGACUGAUGGAGCUAACCCCUGGUCUGUGUCCUCCUGUGAUGCCUUCCUGAGUCUGUUCCAAAGCCAUGGACUGAAACCUGAGGCCAUCUGUCCAUGUGCUACUUCUGCGGAAGCCAUGACUGUCGCAAUCCGAAGGCCUGGCGUCCCAGGAGCUCCUUUGCCAGGAAGAGCCAUCCUCUCAAUGAACGGAUUGAGUUAUGGGGUAAUACGGGUCAACACUGAAGAUAAAAAUUCAGCACUGACGGUUCAGGAUGUGGGUCAUGUAAUGCCUGGAGGGAUGAUGUGCAUCGUGAAGCUGGAUGGACCGCCCCAGCUCUGCAGAACAGAUGAGAUCGGAGAGAUCUGUGUCAGCUCCAGAACAGGAGGCAUGCUGUACUUUGGGCUUGCUGGUGUGACCAAAAACACCUUUGAGGUGAUUCCGGUGAAUUCUACAGGCUCUCCUGUUGGGGACGUACCAUUCAUUCGGUCAGGGCUACUGGGGUUCGUGGGGCCAGGCAGCUUGGUGUUCGUGGUUGGAAAAAUGGAUGGGCUGCUGAUGGUUAGUGGUCGAAGACAUAAUGCUGAUGACAUUGUUGCCACUGGGUUGGCUGUGGAAUCAAUAAAGACUGUAUACAGAGGCAGAAUUGCUGUGUUUUCUGUGUCUGUGUUUUAUGAUGAGCGCAUUGUGGUGGUUGCGGAACAAAGACCCGACGCCUCUGAAGAAGAUAGUUUCCAGUGGAUGAGCCGAGUGCUGCAGGCAAUUGAUAGCAUCCAUCAGGUGGGGGUUUAUUGCCUUGCUCUGGUUCCUGCCAAUACAUUGCCCAAAACACCACUGGGAGGGAUCCAUAUAUCUCAGACAAAACAGCUCUUUCUGGAGGGAUCACUGCAUCCUUGCAAUAUCCUCAUGUGCCCACAUACAUGUGUGACCAAUUUGCCAAAACCACGGCAGAAGCAACCAGGUGUAGGCCCUGCUUCUGUGAUGGUCGGCAACCUGGUUGCCGGGAAACGCAUAGCACAAGCUGCAGGAAGGGAUCUUGGGCAAAUUGAAGAGAAUGAUUUAGUGAGGAAGCACCAGUUUCUGGCAGAAAUCUUACAGUGGCGAGCCCAGGCAACUCCUGACCAUGUACUCUUCAUGCUGUUAAAUGCCAAGGGAACUACUGUGUGCACAGCCAGCUGCCUUCAGCUUCAUAAGCGAGCUGAGAGGAUUGCGUCAGUGCUUGGUGAUAAGGGACAUCUGAAUGCAGGAGACAACGUGGUGUUGCUCUAUCCACCUGGCAUCGAGCUGAUCGCUGCGUUCUACGGCUGCCUGUAUGCGGGGUGCAUCCCUGUGACUGUCCGGCCCCCACAUGCUCAGAACCUCACUGCCACAUUGCCCACUGUCCGUAUGAUUGUGGAUGUCAGCAAAGCCGCCUGCAUUCUCACCACUCAGACCCUAAUGAGGCUGCUGAGAUCCAGAGAGGCAUCAGCUGCUGUGGAUGUGAAAACUUGGCCAACUAUCAUUGACACAGAUGAUUUGCCCAGGAAAAGAUUACCUCAGCUGUAUAAACCACCCACCCCUGAGAUGUUGGCGUAUCUCGAUUUCAGUGUCUCCACAACAGGCAUGCUUACAGGAGUGAAGAUGUCCCACUCUGCGGUCAAUGCUCUUUGCAGAGCCAUCAAGCUCCAGUGUGAGCUGUAUUCUUCUCGGCAGAUCGCCAUCUGCCUUGACCCGUACUGUGGACUUGGCUUUGCGCUCUGGUGUCUCUGCAGUGUCUACUCAGGUCACCAGUCCAUCUUAAUUCCUCCUAUGGAGCUAGAAAACAACCUCUUCCUCUGGCUCUCUACUGUCAACCAGUACAAAGUAAGAGAUACUUUCUGCUCCUACUCAGUAAUGGAGCUCUGCACCAAAGGGCUUGGAAACCAGGUGGAAGUGCUGAAGACGAGAGGAAUCAACCUCUCCUGCAUCCGGACGUGCGUGGUGGUGGCCGAGGAGCGGCCCCGCAUUGCCCUCCAGCAGUCCUUCUCCAAGCUCUUUAAAGACAUCGGGCUCUCCCCUCGCGCUGUCAGCACCACUUUCGGGUCAAGAGUCAACGUAGCGAUAUGUUUACAGGGAACCUCAGGGCCAGAUCCAACUACUGUUUACGUAGACUUGAAAUCACUGAGGCAUGACAGGGUUCGUCUUGUGGAACGGGGCGCCCCCCAGAGUUUGCUGCUCUCCGAGUCUGGAAAGAUUUUACCUGGAGUGAAAGUGGUCAUCGUUAAUCCCGAGACCAAAGGGCCUGUUGGAGAUUCUCACCUGGGAGAGAUUUGGGUAAACAGCUCCCACACUGCCAGUGGCUAUUACACCAUCUAUGACAGCGAGACUCUUCAGGCCGAUCAUUUCAACACUCGCCUCAGCUUUGGAGAUGCUGCACAAACACUCUGGGCUCGGACAGGAUACCUGGGCUUUGUCCGCCGGACUGAGCUCACGGCAGCCACAGGAGAGCGUCAUGAUGCACUGUAUGUGGUGGGAGCUCUGGACGAGACCCUGGAACUAAGAGGAUUACGAUACCACCCAAUUGAUAUCGAGACCUCAGUGUCUCGGAUCCACAGGAGCAUUGCUGAAUGCGCCGUGUUCACGUGGACCAACUUGCUUGUGGUUGUUGUGGAACUGUGUGGCUCUGAGCAGGAGGCCCUGGAUCUGGUUCCGCUAGUGACAAACGUGGUCUUGGAGGAGCAUUACCUCAUCGUCGGCGUCGUGGUUGUGGUGGACCCAGGUGUCAUCCCCAUCAACUCCAGAGGAGAGAAGCAGCGGAUGCACCUCCGAGACAGUUUCCUAGCAGACCAGUUAGACCCCAUCUACGUGGCUUACAACAUGUAACCAGCCUUGUGGGGACAACGGGACCAGCCUGAGAAACCACAAGGACCAAAGGCCCUUGACUAGGAGCAGGCUUUCAACUGAUGUGAAACAAGCGGAGACGGCUACAUGAUAUCCUUCAUCUCAUCCUGUGGAAUUCUGCAGUCACACAACACAGGGAAGGGAAGUGCUGUGGUGGCAAAUUGAAAAAAAUGCUAACAGUCUGUUAGUCAUGAGCUUUCGACACAGCGUGAGCAGCACAUUACUAAAGCAGUUCCAUGCAUGUUGCAUUUUUUUCAUCUGUUGUACAUACUUGUAUUUUUAUCUAAUGCUAUUUGAGAAUUUUGUAAGGGACUUUAACGCGUUCAUAUGAAGGGGGUAGUCUGACUUGCACAGUUCCUGCUCUGUACUGUAUUUUGCCAUUUGACCCUUGCUAGACAUUCUGCAGGUUUUGUUAACACGGAACUACUCAGCUUACUUUGCAAUUGACACAUAAGUAAAUCAGAAAACUCACUGAAUUUGAGAACUACUUUAUAUAUAUAAUAUACAUGUUAUAUAUAUAUAUAGAUAAUUAUGGCUGUAAAACGUUUUGACCAGUGUUUUAAACAUGUAAAUACGAUUACACAUAAUGGAUCUAAAAAUUGAAGAACUGGCUUGUAUAGAGAUAACAGCUGAAGUAGAAGCAUUUCUAUUUACUUGGAGAGAAUUACAAUAUUCUCUUAACGUGCUAUAACUGACUAGGCAACUCAAAAGUGCAAGCUAUUUGCAGAUUUUGCUGCACAUUGUACUGUGUUUCUGUUGGCUGGUGUAUUUUACCAACUAAAGCUGCCUAUGUUUGUUUGUUUGUUUCAAGUUUGCAUUCCCAGAAUCAGCUUAAGCUUUGAAGAAUUCAACCUGUUUCUAUAAGAUGAAAAUCUCAGUUAAAAAAAAAAAAAUCAAACUGUUAGGAAAACAAACAAACAAAAAACAACCAAGAUUGGUUGGACUCCACCCUACUCUAAGGAGCAUAAUAAUUGACUGUGGCCCCCAAUUUAAGAUUGAUGGCAUAAGAAUUUCCUCUUGCCCCAGGCCCAUUACAAACUCUAUACAGUUUAUAUGUUACAUGCAUAACCUGAAGGUAUAUCUGACUUCUCUUUUGUGAAAGAAAAAAAGUAUGUCCCUUGCUAUUCCCAUUCAUGAGGGCAGGGGUUUAAGAGUGGGAAUAAUAAGCAGGGAAGGCAGUGGGACCACAUGAAACUAUCAGGCUCUGUAAGUCCACAUCAAGAAACUGACCAAUCUGGGUUGCCAGAAUAGCCAGGCUUAAGCUGACAUAGGGGGAGGAAGACUAAUGGAUGCAAGAAACUCAUUUGAAAUAACUGUGGUGCCCUGGCCAAAUGGACUGAGCCUGGGACUGAGUUUGACCUCUGGCUCAGUUUCCUUUCUUUGGUCUGAUACUUUGUGUGUUGGAAUAUAGUUGAAUUUUAUUAUUUUUUUCUUACAGAAAUAUUUUUAAAAAUUAAAAAAAAACACUCAAAGUGAACAGAGUUAACUUGUUAAAUUAAGAAUGGUUCUCUUUGACCCACUCUGGUCUAUUGUGUAAAUAUUUAUUUAGACUAUUUUAAUAACAUAUUAUUUACCCCACUGUAACAUCAUGUAAACUAAAUAUGUUUUUAAACAAUUUUUAAGACUUGUAAUUACCCUGAAAAUACGGUUUAUAAUGCAAAAGCCAGACCCCUCACCAGGGCAGCACUGUUGAGGGCCGCCCUUACACAGUCUUGCGACUCUUAAGCCCCAUUAUGACUUCCUUUUACAUAACCCUCUUUUUCUCACUACUCAUUCUCCACAGAGGGCAGACCUCAACACGUUUUCCAGUUCCAGAUCUCUUUCUCAACAUUUUGAGUGAAAUUAAUUUGCAUUUGAUGGGAGAGGCUUUAAAAUACACGGGGUGGGGUGGGGGGACGACAUCACUUAUACUGGGUCAAGAAAUUCUAGCAACCAACAGUGGUUUGGUUUGCAGAGAAAAUUACCUGCUUAUUUGGAAAGUAAUUUUUCUUUGAACGGUUUUCAGUGAUUCACUAAACAAAGCAAGGGAUCUUGAGGAUUAAAUAGCUCUAACUUCAUAAUCCACAAAUUCCAAAAGGCGGGAUGUGAUGGGAAGACAUAGUCUAUCUUCUGGGUUGCUUUGAUGAUAAUUCCUACAGAAGUAGGAGUGUUAGCUGGAAAUGUAAUGUGAGCCCCUUAACAUCAUUUAAAAAAAUUUAUGGGCAGGGGUAGAUAGCAUAAUGGUUAUGCAAACAGACUCUCAUGCCUGAGGCUUCAUCAGGUUCCAGGUUCAAUCCCCCCACACCACCAUACGCCAGAGCUGAGUAGUGCUCUGGUAAAAAAAAAAAAAAAAAAAUAGUAGCCAUGUUUUUACAAAGUAAAAAAUAAUAGAUAAAAUUGACUUUAAUAUAUUUUUAUCUAACCCAGUAUAUCAUUAAGUACUAGCACUGUAACAUGGAAUCUAUAUAAAGAUUAUUACUGAGAUAUUUGUUUUCCUCUUUUUACAGCGUAUCUUUGAAAUCUAGUGUAUAUUAUGGAUAUCUCAGUUUAAACUAGCCACAGUUGCCAGAAGUCACAGGGUAGUGGCUCUGAUACUGGAUAUGCAGAUCUUUUCUAUUUCCUGCAAAUCAGAUACUCCAUGAAUCUCAGAAUAUGGCCAACUCUUGGUUACUUAGGGACUGGUUGUCUAAUAUUAGGGAUUCUCAGAUCACUGCUUAGUCCCACUGUUUCUUUCUGCCUGCAGUUGCGUUAUUGAUCUUUUGCAUAUCCCUUGAAGCCAGAAAAUGCUAAUGGAGGAAAGAAGGUUGGUGUCUUGUCUUGGGAAGCAGUUAUCAGCACCUCUGGAAAAGUACCCUCUAGAUGGAUGGAUGGAAGUCCAGUCGUUAGCUUGGAGGCUUUGCAGGGUUUUCUGUGGGCUUAAUGCCUAUUCUGUUGUAGACCUGAAUAAGAAAACUUUCUUUUCAUGACACAGCGCUCUUACUCUUUCCAUAGUAAGUAGAACCUCUGUGGUAAAACUGACUCUUAAGGCAAGCCCCAAAGGUCAUUAUUGAUUAAAAACCGCCUUGCUAGUCCUGUGGAACACAUUCUGUCUGGGUUUUCGUGCCUGUGGAAAACAAGAAGCAUCCCAUCUCCUCCUACCCCCAUCUCAACAGGUUAAGAGCAAUCUAUUCUGAAAGUUUCUGAACCUCUCUGCCUCUCAGUAGAAAUAACUGAAGUAGAUCAGGAAGGGGGCUGCCUCAGGAAAAUGUCUCGUCCCUAGGGCUUCUUAGAGCUGCACGAAUGCUAUCUCCCAUACCAGUGAAACCCUGGGAAAACUCAGCAUGCCAACAGACAUUAGUGAAUCCAGCCUGUUUACUUCCUGCCUCGUGAAGACCCCCACUCCCCUUAGUACCAUGUCCUUUCUUCCUGAAGUUCUGCUGCCUCAAGCUAUUUAGGGACCAUUCCCCGUCUAAUGAUCUACAAGUGUGUCUUCUGACUUUAGUAUUUGAGCAAGGCUUGCUUAAUGCUUUUGUUGAAUCAACCAAGGGCCUGAGGUCUUGACAAGGUCUCGGCCCCAGGCAUGGUGCUCAAUAUCUUGGCCAAAUAAAUUACUUUCCUUGAAUAUCCAGGAAUCUUUGACUCAAGCAAUGAGGAGUUAUCACCUCACCCUCAAACUCCAACAUGAUCUAUGCCUUAGUGUUGUUUUUGUUGUCUGCUUUGAUGUACAAGCUAGAGUAUUUGGAGCAAGAAGCUGCAAUUCUCCAGAUACACAACGGGCCUUUUCUUUAUCAUUCAUAUAACAUUUCUGAUUUAGAUAUAUGUAGAUGGACCAUGUUAUUUGUCAGAGGAAGAGAGUGUAAAGAUAUAAGAAUAAUUUUUUUUAGUCCUAAAUGCUGUUUGUUUACUUUCUGUCAAGAUUUACCAGUGUCAAAUUUAAACAAUAGUGCUGUGUAAUUAUGUACAAAGUUUUUUUUUUAUUUAUUUGAAAUUAGACUAGUUCUACAUUUUUAAAUUUAACAUCUGGCUGGACAGUGUUCUAUUAACUCAUUCAAUGUGUUUCCUUUGUCUUGUGUUAAUAAAUAUUGAUGCCUGA